AGGAAGAAUACAAUGUUGAGCACUUAGUUUUUUUCAUAAAAAAAGCUUGAUCGAAUUCAAUGGUGAAAGUGACUUGCUUGUUGGAGUUGUCAUGCCAAUUAAGAUAUGUGAUCAAAACAAGUUUGAAUUAAUGUGUCGUACUUCUUGCUAUCUCCGCCAUGCAACCAACUACUAUAACAUGUAAUCAUGUAAUCACUUUUGCCCAUCUUCCAUAGAAAACAGUUUUAAUGGCUCUGUUCAAAACUAGGGGUGUGGUUUAUAAGCCUGUUAAAGAUGUCAACUUGGCUUCUGAUAGCACUGAAGUCUAUCUCCAAGCCAAUGUCAAAGCUCCUCGUAUGACUGGGAUCUUGGUCAAGGUUUUCACUUGGUUCUUGGAGUCUCGAAUAUUUGGAACCUUGCUACUAUAUAUACUGAAGGGUAACAAUCUUAUUCACACGCUUAUUACAAAUGCAGAGUUAGAAGAGUCGCCUCUCUAUGUUCCCGCACACCAUUUUGAAGACCACAAAGAACAAGAAGUCAAAAGCUUAGAUUCUGGUUUAACGCCACAAGAGCAAGUUCAACUUGCAAUAGAGUGCUUACCAACAUCUUCAGAAAAAGCACAAAAUGAAGCAAACACUUCUUUCUCUCGUUGGACCAUUAUGGAUUAUUACAAAGCCUACAGUUCGGAAGCUAUAACACCACGAGCGGUUGCAGAACGAUUUAUAGCUGCUGUUGAUGAAUCUUCAAAGGCUCCACUCUCGAUGGGAUUCUUCAUUAACUACAAUCCGGAGGAUAUACGAAGACAGGCAGAUGAAUCAACUCUCAGAUAUCAGAAAGGGGAACCUAUCUCUGUCCUAGACGGAAUUCCUGUUGCAGUCAAGGAUGAAAUAGAUUGUUUGCCAUAUCCAACCACAGGAGGUACAAAGUGGUUGCAAAAGGAAAGGUCUUGUAUAGAUGAUGCUUGCUGUGUUAAGCGUCUGAGAUUGUGUGGUGCCAUACUUGUUGGGAAGACUAAUAUGCAUGAACUUGGGGUUGGAACAAGUGGUAUCAAUCCACAUUAUGGGGCUGCUAGAAACCCAUAUGAUGCCAACAAGAUUGCAGGAGGUUCUUCUAGUGGAUCUGCUGCUGUGGUAUCUGCAGGGUUGUGCCCAGUUGCCCUUGGUGUUGAUGGGGGAGGUUCUGUGAGGAUGCCUGCAGCACUUUGUGGUGUUGUUGGUCUAAAACCAACUUUUGAUCGCGUACCUCAUUCCGGAGUUCUUCCCCUAAACUGGACAGUUGGGAUGGUUGGAAUACUGGCAGGCACUGUUGAGGAUGCAUUGAUCACUUAUGCAGCUAUUAGUGGAGAAAUUCCAUCAGAACAGCCCUCUGGUAUACUUACCAAGAUAAAUCUACCACUACUGUCCUUCUCAAAGUCCAUACGUGACAUCAAAUUGGCAAAGUAUGAUAAGUGGUUUGACGAUUGCAGUGACGAAGUCAGAUUAUGCUGCACCCAGGCAUUGACCGAACUUCAGGAUUACUAUGGUUGGAAGACAAUAGAUGUCACUUUACCAGACAUAGAAGCAAUGCGCCUGGCACAUUACUUAACAAUUGGAUCAGAGUGUUCCACUUGGUUUGAUUCUUUUGGAGAGAAGCAUGUUGCAGAAUUAGGAUGGGACGCAAGGGUAGCACUUUCUGUCUAUGGUUCUUUCAGUAGCAAGGAGUACAUUAAAGCUCAAAAGUUGAGGAAUCGGCAGGCAAAGUUUCACAAGAAAAUAUUUGCUAAGGCAGAUGUGAUUGUGUCACCAACAACAGGUGUGACUGCAUACUCGAUUCAAGAUGAUGCACUGAAGACUGGUGAACUAGACUACAUAAAUGGAGCUGCACUUGUUAGGUAUUCUAUAUCAGGAAACUUCCUCGGACUUCCUGCUGUGACAGUUGCGGUUGGAUACGACAAGCUAGGUUUGCCUAUUGGCCUUCAGUUUAUAGGAAGGCCUUGGGCAGAAGCAACACUGAUCCACUUGGCAUUUUCAAUGCAGACCAUUUGCCUGUCAAAAUACAGAAAGCCGAAGAUUUUUUAUGAUCUGCUGAGAAAAUAUUAAAUGGGGUCAGGCAAGUAAGAAGGAAGCAUGCUCUCUUUCUUCCUUUAUCUUUUUGCAGUUAACACAGUUCAUUCAUGCACGUGAUGGCAAGGUUCUGUCAUAUCGUUCAAAAGCAUAGUUCAAUGUCUACUAUUUAUUAGUCUUCGUUGGUUGCUAUUUGUGUAAUCAUGAAGAAUGAGAAUUUAACAGAAUAAUUUCUGAUAUUUUAUAUGGGACAUUACAUGUUUUUAUUUGA